AUGCCCGUGCUCCUCGCGCGGCGGGGAGCGGAGACGGCCGGGCAGGGGGCUUUCCCGCUCUCGGCGGUGCAGCAGAGGCGGCCCCCGGAGGGAGGGAGGGAGGGUCGCCCCCGUGGGGCUGCCUCGCCUGCUCGCGGGAGGAGGAGGAGGAGGAGGGGGGGGCGAGAAGAGCGCUGCCGAGACCCGGCGAGCGAGCGAGUGCAGACGGCUGCCGCCGCCGCCGCCUGCUCUCCACCCGGGGCGGGGAGCGGCAGCCGGCGCCGCCCUCCCCGCGCGAGCCCCUCCCUCCGUCCCUCCCCCCGGCUGGCUUGUGGCGCGCCUCGGGGGCGGGCGGCGAUGGCCGUCGGGGGCGGCUGGUUCCAAGUGGGCUUCCGGGCGGGGUGGGGCGCGGGGCUGGAGCCGGUGCGGCUGGGCGGCGGCGCGGGGGCGGCGGUGCGGCCCAGCUGGAGCUUCGUGGGGCUGGCGGCGGCCGGUGGGGAGGGCCCCCUCCCCCCAAGGAGCCCCGCCUGUAACCUGCGCUGUGCUUGCCUCCCGGCAGGGGCGGCGCCGGUGCUGCGGGGCGCGGGGGGCUGGGCGGCCCUGCCCGGGGACUGCCGCGACGUGCUGCCCUCCGAGACGCACGUGGUGCUGCUGCGCGGGGGCGCGCUGGAGGCGUGGCGCGUGGCCGCCGGCCCGGCCCUCGACCCCCGCGGGCCCGUGUGGCGGCGGGAGCUGCGCGACGCGGAGGCCGCAGGGGAGCCCGGGCCGCCCCCCGACCCCCUCCCCGCAGGGCUGCCCCUGGUGCCGGGCGGCUACGUGGUGCCGCGGCCGGGCUUCUUCCGGCCCCUCUGCCCGGCCCUGCGCGCCCGCCGCCUGGCCUUGGGCCACGAGCACGCCGUGCUGCUGGACGCCGCCGGAGACCUCUUCACCUGGGGCAACGGCAGGCACGGGCAGCUGGGCCACGGAGGACUGGAGGACGCCGCCGAGCCGCGGCGGCUGGAGGCCUUGCAGGGGGUGCCCAUGGGCCCCGUGGCGGCCGGCGGCUGGCACUCCGCCAGCGUCAGCGAAGCAGGCGACUUAUAUAUGUGGGGUUGGAACGAGUCCGGGCAGCUUGGGCUGCCUGCCAAGGGGGUGCCGGAAAGCCCCGUGGCUGCUCCAGCAGAGGCCGACCGCAGCGGAACACCAUCUGGCGCACAGUGCGAGAGCCCCCAAGCCGCCUUCAUUUCCAUCCAGUCCUUUCCUGCGCUGCUGGAUAUGCCUCAAGGGACAGAUGUCAGCAAGGUCAGCUGUGGAUCGCGCCACACCGCUGCCCUGACACGAACUGGGGAUCUCUACACGUGGGGCUGGGGUAAAUACGGGCAACUGGGCCACGGGGCCACAGCUACUUCCGACAGGCCAAAGAAAGUCUGCUGCUUCGAGGCCUGGGGCCUUGGGGUGGAGGAUGUGGUGUGUGGGCCGUGGACCACUUUUGCCCUUGCCCUGCCCCUCUGA